GGCGAUUAAGUUAUGCUCAUUAAUAACAGAACUUGCCGUAUCAAGUGUUACAGCAAAAAUGAACAAAAGUACGUCUGAAAAUAUAUUUGACAAGCGAACCUUCCCGAGAACAGAGAAAGAUGAAGCCGGUCUUGUGUUUCUGUCGAAAAGAGACAGUUGCUGGAUACUUUGCAAGAGAGCUCUUGCUGAGACGUAAAAAAGUAUCCAGUAGAAGCAAGCGAGGUUCUGAUGCAUCGCUUUGCACUAUGCGUGGGAAUUAUCCCCCACUUUUGAUGAAUGGAACCUUUAGAAACUCAUCAUCGGCAAAAAACUACUCCGCAAGAGAAUGCGAAGAUGCUUUCAAUCGCGAGGAAUUCGUUAUGAUUUUGAAGACUGUUGAAAUGAUUACCAUCUCUUGUGAUUUUGUGAAGGUGAAAGUAUACUGUGAUUAAACUCUAUUUCCUGAAACACGGCAAAUGAUCACGUUGGUGAAAGUUCUUCUCCACAGUAUUUCGAUGCGUUUCGUCAAUAUUAGUGGUCACAA